AGGUCCUUUUGAUUUAAAGUUUUCAUCAGAAGUGGAGGGACUGGGUGCAAUUCUGGUCACCUCAUCACAGAAAGGAUGGAAUUGCAUCGGAGAGGGUUCAGAGGAGGUUGGCGAGGAUCUUGCCAGGCUGAAGUUGAAGAAACAUUGAAGAGAAUUCAGAGCCAGAGGGGUGUUGUAGGGAUUAUAGUUGUCAAUGCAGAAGGUAUUCCCAUCCGGACAACCAUGGAUAAUGCGACCACAGUCCAAUAUGCUGGCCUUAUCCACCAACUGUCCAUGAAAGCUAGGAGCACCAUCCGGGAUAUUGAUCCACAGAAUGACCUCACGUUCCUAAGAAUCCGCUGCAAGAAAAAUGAAAUCAUGGUUGCUCCUGAUAAGGAAUAUUUACUGAUUGUCAUACAGAACACAAACGAGUCAUCUUUGUGACGUCACCAUUGACAAACUUUGGAACAGUUUCAAGGCUGUAGAAACACUCAAUUACAUGACAGCGCUUUAUGCUGUUGAAUUCUCAGUGCAAACUGCUUGAGACCACGACUGAACUCGCUGUAUCGUAACUCCUGUGCUUCUGUGAUGCUCUUCUUGAAACAAGUGGCUGCAGCCUGUCUUUUCCACGAGUAGUUUAGUGAGUCCACUGCUCACUGCCCAGUGCUUUGCUGCUAGUAACUUGUCAUGUGCCUGCUCAUUUGCAUUUGAUGCCUUUUAUUAAUCGAGUCUUCAGAAGCUGUCUCUUUUAUUGGCCUGCUGCUCCAGUUAAAUUUUAAACAAUAUUGAACCACUUGCAAAGCUUUUCUUUUGGAAAAUUGGAACUAAUUCCCAAACUAAUUUACAGCAUUUUAAUACCUAAUGGUCCCCUCGUUUAAAAUUAUAGUGCUUUGAGUCUUGAACAGCCGACGCUUUUAUUUUCACAUGAGGCCUGGUUUAUAAUAAUAGCCAAAGUAGAGAUUGGAGAAAUGUCAUUAAACUCAUAAAACAAAGUAAAAUGUCUUUAGAUCGGCAAAACAUGAUAAUUGAAAUGAUCGAUUCCCUGGCACUCUGAGGCUCAAUCUUCCUCUUUCAAAUUUUUAAUUCUUCCCCAAAAAUAAAUAUUUGUUGAAAAGAUGCAUGACACAGGCUGUAAUAUAUAUUGGCUGCUGGAAUGUGAUUGACAGGUUACUAUGUUUUGGGAUGGAGGGUUGGGUGGAAGGGGAAAUGGAGACAGUGUGAAAAAUUGUUUUAUUGAAAGUAAAGUGACUUGCUUCCACAAA